AUGAAGUCCAAAUUUUGGCUUCUAUUAAUUUUAUCAUGUCUAAUUGCCUGUUUUAUAGGCUUUCCUUUAUUAAAAGUUUCUGCCCAAGAUGCUAAAUCCGAACCAUCGAAAGAUGCCAGCAGUAAUGAAAGACCCUUUAUUACUCAAGAACCGGAUGGUUUUGCAAUUGACCCAGAAAAUGACAUAAAUAAUGAUGGUAAAUCUAAUUUUGGUUUUACAAAAGAACAAACCGAGAAACUUAAAGAAACUGAAGAAAAGUUUGAAUUUCAGACCGAAGUUAGUCGAUUGAUGAAACUUAUUAUUAAUUCGUUGUACAAAACACGUGAAAUCUUUCUUAGAGAACUUAUUUCUAAUGCUUCUGAUGCAAUUGAUAAAAUAAGAUUCCUUUCUCUUACCGAUCCUAAUGCAUUAAAAGCAAAUUCACACUUAAAUAUUACAAUAUGGACAGAUCCUGUUAAUAAAAUAUUAACAAUUACUGAUAGUGGUGUAGGAAUGACACGUCAACAACUUAAAGAAAAUUUAGGAACAAUAGCAAAAUCUGGUACAUCGGAAUUUUUAAAUGCUUUAGAAGAUAAAAAAGCUGAUAUGAAUUUAAUUGGUCAAUUUGGGGUUGGUUUUUAUUCGGUAUUUUUAGUGGCUGAUAAAGUUAUUGUUACUACAAAACAUAAUGAUGAUGAUCAAUAUAUUUGGGAAUCUCAAGCUAUUAAUGAUUUUACUAUUGCUAAAGAUCCUAGAGGAAAUACUUUAGGUCGUGGUACUCAAAUUAAAUUACAUUUUAAAGAUGAUGCUGUUACAUUCCUUGAAGAUGAUUCUAUACGUAACCUUAUUUUAAAAUAUUCCGAAUUUAUUAACUUUCCUAUUUGGUUAUGGACAAAAAGAACUGAAACUAUCUCUAUUGAUGCUGAUGAGAUCGAUAAAAAAGAUUCUGAUAAUGCAAAACCUGAUUCUGAUGAACCAAAAAUUGAAGAUGCUCCUGAAGAUGAUGAAAAAUCUGAUGUUAAAACAAAAACUAUUGAAGUACCUGGUUGGGAACUCAUGAAUACUCAAAAACCUAUUUGGACUCGUGAGCCAAAAAAUGUUACUGAUAUAGAAUACGAAAACUUUUAUAUGUCUUUCUCAAAGGAUAGUGAAGUCGAUUUCAAAGCUAUUGUAUAUAUUCCAUCUAGAGCUCCUGAUAACUUAUUUCAAAAAGUUCAAGAUUUUGCUCGUAACAUUAAACUUUUUGUUAAACGAGUAUUCAUCACUGAUGAAUUUUUGGAUUUCGUUCCAAAAUAUUUAGCUUUUAUAAAAGCUAUAAUUGAUGCUGAUGAUUUACCUUUAAAUGUUAGUAGAGAAACUUUACAACAACAUAGAGCUCUUCAAUUAAUUAAAAAACGAAUUAUUAAAAAAACUUUAGAUUUAAUUGCUGAUUUAAAAAAUGAUGAUGUUAAAUAUAAUAAAUUCCUUAAAGAAUUCGGUACAAGUUUAAAAGUUGGUGCUAUAGAAGAUAAUGAAAAUAGAAAGAAAAUCGCUCAUUUAUUAAAAUUCCCAAGUUCUUAUAAAGGUUCUAAUUGGACUACUAUAGAUGAUUAUAUUAGUAGAAUGAAAAAAGAUCAAGAUAAAAUGUAUUUUGUUACUGGUUCUUCCGUAGAAGAAGUUGAAAAAUCUCCUUUUAUUGAAGGAUUUGUGGCAAGAGGUUAUGAAGUUUUAUAUAUGGUUGAACCUAUUGAUGAAAUGUUAGUUCAACAUAUGCCAGGUCAUGGUGGUAAAAUGUUUCAAAAUAUCGCAAAGGGUAAUAUAGAUAUUGAUAAAGAUGAUUUCGAAGGCAAGGCUCAAUUAAAAUUCAAGUUUGCCAAAUUAACUGAAUGGAUGCAAACUAUACUUGUUGAUCAAGUCGAAAAAAUCAUAAUAUCAGAUCGUCUUGUUACAUCUCCCUGUGCUGUCGUUGCGAGUGAAUGGGGUUGGACUGGUCAUAUGGAAAAAAUAAUGGCCGCACAACCGUUUAAACAAGAAAAUGAAUUCAUGAGAGAAUUUUAUGCAAAACAAAAGAAAAUUCUAGAAAUUAAUCCACAUCACCCACUUAUGCUUGGUUUAUUGGAUAAAGUUGAAAAAGGCCAAACAGAUGAAACUAUAAAUGAAUUAGUCCAAGUUUUAUAUGAAUCUACUUUAAUUAGAUCCGGUUAUGUGUUAAAAGAUAAUUUAAAAUACUCAGAUAAGGUUGAAAGAAUCUUAAGGAAGAACUUGGGUAUAGAUCUUAAUGCCAAACCUGAAAUUAAUAUUGUACCAGCUGAAGAUGCUGACCCUACUGGAAAAAAGAGUUCGGAAUCAAAGGAAGAAAAUGAUUUGUUUAACGAAUUGGAUCAAGAUGAUUUUUCAGAUCCAACUAAGCCUUCAUUUCCUCAUGAUGAACUUUGA